UCUGUAGCUAUGCCUGAGCCAAAAGCAGCGCCUGCUCCCAAGAAGGGCUCGAAGAAAGCCGUUUCUAAGAGCCAGGCAAAGGGUGGAAAGAAACGCAGAAAGACUAGGAAGGAAAGCUAUUCCAUCUACGUGUACAAGGUGCUGAAACAAGUUCACCCCGAUACUGGCAUUUCUUCGAAGGCAAUGGGAAUCAUGAACUCGUUUGUGAAUGACAUUUUUGAGCGCAUCGCUGGUGAGGCUUCUCGUCUUGCGCACUACAACAAGCGAUCAACCAUUUCUUCCCGGGAAAUUCAGACUGCCGUGAGGCUCCUUUUACCGGGAGAGCUGGCUAAGCACGCCGUGUCCGAGGGCACCAAGGCAGUUACCAAGUACACCAGUUCUAAGUAAACAAAACGCCUGCUAGUAUCCAACGGCUCUUUUCAGAGCCAC